UUGUGGAACAGAUAACCAGAGGCGUGAUUCUGUAUAAAGGAGAAGCCAUUAACGAGAUUCAGACACAGACACAUCUCCCACUGACAGGAUGAAGAUACUUGUUGUUCUCAGUGUCCUGCUCACUGUCUCCAGCGCCAAAAUCCUUACACGAUGUGAAUUUGCUCGUAUUGUAAAGAAUUCCAUCCUGUCAAAUUUCACUUCCCAAAAUAUGAAUGACUGGAUGUGCUUGGCCUUCUAUGAGAGUCAAUAUGACACACUGGCACUUCGCUACAAUCAGCCAAGUGAUGGAAAAAUUGGUUCAGAAAAUUUUGGGAUCUUUCAGAUCAACAGCAGUUGGUGGUGUGAUAGCUGGAGGUUCGCAAAUAGUCCAAAUUAUUGUCACAUAAGCUGUAACGAGUUCCUGCAGGACAAUAAGAAUUUAGUAUCCAAUACUUUAUGUGCUGCAGUCAUUGUGAAUCGUCAAGGAAUGGAAGCCUGGAGCAGCUGGAUAAAGAAGUGCAAGGGGAAAUUCCUUGGACAUUUCACUGAAUCUUGCUUCUGA